GGUAGAUCUGUUACAGGAGCGUGGUUUCGCCUUCGCGUCAGAGCCAUGAGCUUCGCACCCCGGUGUGGCUUCGCACAUUCUCGCUGCGAAGCCACGUUUUCACUGUUCGCCGUGGUGCUUUACUUAUCGCCAUUGCUGCCAUGUUUUGCCGGGCUGGGCUCGAAGUGUCCCUGGAAGGUUCAGAGUCUCCAGCUGCGUGGACAUGUGGCCCUUUCCGCCUCGCGAAGAGAUGUGCUGCUUGGGGGAGCCUUGUCACAGACUGAGCUUCAGAAAGUAAAACCGAUUUGCGAAGUUCCCUUGCAUCGAUUGAAACCGGUCGAUGGACAAGUGGGUGGGCAAUUUGCCAGCAUCAGCGCUGUGCUCGGAGGGGAAUCAGUGGAACUGAUGCUUGAUACUGGUCUCUCGGAAGGGAUGGUGACUCCUUCCUUGGCCAAGAAGCUGAAGCUCCAGCCCAUCGGCAGUGCAGAAGGUGCCACCGCCGGAGGUGAUGCCACUGUGCAGCUGGUGCAGCUAAAAGAUUUGACCUUGGAAUGUGGUGAGCUCUUGGAACCUGUUACGGCAGCCGUGGCCAGCUUUCCAGAGGAGAAAAUCGACCAAAAAUGGUCUUUGAAUGGGAUGCUUGGGUAUCAAGCCCUUCAAAGUUAUGAUGCUGACAUUGAUUUCCCCAGAGGCAAGCUGCGUUUAUGGCGGCCGGGUGAAGGUGCUGCUGUGGCUGCACAGGCAGGAUUGGCCAAUGUGGAGGCCGUGGUCUUACCCGACUUCGCCAUCCUUGGAGUUCGUGUCAUGCAGCCUGAGAGCCGUGCCGCUGCGGCGCUGGGCGUGAUUGAUACGGGUGCCGGCUUUUCGGCCAUCACCCCCUCUGCUGCAGUGGCGCUGAAGGCUCGUGCGGGAAAACAGGCAGUGACCAUCGUUGGUGUGGAUGGACGACCCUUACAAAUGCCUUUGACUUCUGAAGUCACAUUGCCUUUGGGAGGGAAGGAGUUGCCAGGGGGUGGAUGGGAAACAGCUGUGUCCUUGAAGACUACAUCGGCUGCUCUUGGGGAUUUGCCUGCAUUGCAGAUCUUCGCGAAUGGCAAGCCUGCAGUCCUCCUGGGAUUGGAUGUACUCGGAAAACGUCGUCUCGUGUUCGCCGCGGGUAGUGGGCCGAAGCGCCAGUUGUUCAUUGGUCCGGACGAAACUCGAUGAGCCAGUUGUUCGCCGCUCAGAUGCAGAGGAGAAAUCCGUCCAGCGGAGUUGGCCUGUUGGGGACCGCAGGUCCUUUGAUGAUCCUUUGCCGCUGACAUUUUACUGAUCGCUCAACAACGUAGGAACAUCGCUAGGACCAUCUAAUCUAUGCGAACUACGAGUUCCACCCACAAUCGAACAUCAUCUGAUCCGAAUUGAAGCAGGUCCAAACUCAUUGCUUCGCAGCAUUUGGACAUGUUUGGCUCCAAAUAAAUCGGUGUGGAUGGAUUGCCCUUGAAAUUAUGCAGAAACAUCAGAAACCGCUCAAUACAUCUCAAUACUGAAGGAAGAAAUCC